AAUUCUUGGUCUCCUCUCCUCUAUCAGUAGUCCAUGCGCUCCCUUCCACCCUUCCCCCUCUCUCCUCCCUCGCACGGCCGCCUCCGCCUCCACAUCCACCGAACCGCUGCCGUCUCCCAAUCUCAGUCCCUCCGCGGAGCUCUCGCAUCAGCAUCUACAGCCGUCCCUCCUCCUCGCGCCCGCCCCACCUGCCGGAGAUCCGGGGCUUUCUUGGUUCUUUGCGUUGUGGGGACGCUGGUUCUGAUUUGGGGAUUCGAUUGGCUCGGGCUGCAGGGAUGAAUACGAGGCCGAUGGUGCUCUUCUUCCUCCUACUCGUGCUUGUCGUCACGUCGCAGUUCGAGUGGAAGCAGCAGAUCGGGGACGCCGCCGACGCCGAUCCGGCCGCCGCGCGCCGGCGGCAGCAGCUGCUCACCAGGGAGGACGCCGUCAAGGAAAAGAUAAUAUUAUCUCAGGAGAAAAAUAUUCAACAGCUUAAUCAGCUUAUUGAGAGCCUUCAGCGCCAGCUACUACAUUGCCGUGGUAGCAACAAUACCGUUCAUACUACCACCAUUGCUGCUACAGAAGUAAGUGAAGUUGAGGCACAUGAAAUCAUCGAUGAUGGUAAUAGAUAAUCUGUUGGCAAAUGGUUCUUCGAUUCUAGUACAGCAGCCAAAGAACAAAGAUUAAUCUACACCGUACUCUUAUGACAUGUUGUCUAAUGGAGAUCAUACUUUAAAUCACUGUAUUGUAUACUUGCCACUACCGGCUAGUGGCUUUUCCCCGUACAAGCAUGUAGAGUGUUGUAAUUUGUAAUAUGCUUUAGGCCACGAUCACUAAUUCAAUUGGAAAGCCACCUGACCAUUCUUUGUUC